UCAACCUCCUGAGGCGCUCUUCACGACUGUGCGCGUGUGUGUGGACCAUUUUAAGUUCUUAGGGAUUUGGACAUCGAGGAACUUGAAGCACUCGACCCGCUCCACUGCAGCCCUGUUGAUGUGGAUCCAUGUAAUCCAGGGCUUUUGAUUGGGGAAGCAGCGAACAUUCACUGUAGGGACAACGACGCCGAUGCAUUUCCUAAUGAAGCUGGUGAUGGAGGUGGUUAUCUCGUCGAUGUUAUCGUCAAUCAGCACUAGUUAAGCAGUCCUGUAGAAUAAUCUCUGAUUCUGGUGACCAUUUCUCAAUGGAGCGAGUCACGGGUAAUUCCUGUUUGAGCUUCUGCUUGUAAACAGGAAGCAGGAAUACGGAGGCAUUUCUGAUUUGCCUAAUGGCGGACGAGGGAGGGCCUUGUAUGCUUGCUUGUGGGUAGAAUACCAGUGGUCCAGGACUUUAUGGCCCCACGUGUUGAUGGAAGUUGGGCAUCACGUGUCCUAAUGAAGCAGAAUUAAAAUCGCCGGCAACCAGAAAAGCAGCUUCUGGAUGUUUUCCUGUUUGGUUAUAGCCUCGUAUAGUUCGGUUCCCACUGCCAUCCAGGAGUCUAGCUCUCAGAGGGAAAUGAUUCCGCAUGAAGCUGACGGACGGCUCUCUUCCUCUCUCCACGGAAACGGCAGGUGUGACUCUCGCUGCUCCCACGGCAACAGCAGGUGUGCCCCUCUCUGCUUCUUGCUGAGCCAGAACCAGUCGUCCGACAGACGCUGAGCUACAGGACAGGACAGACCCCUCCGUCCCUCUCUACCUCCUCCACCCUACCCCCUCUAACUUACCCCCUACCCCCUCUAACUUACCCCCUCCAACCUACCAGUCCCCUGGCCCCAGCCACCCACACAACCAGCAGGAGGGCCUACUCUGUCAACGAGGAAAACCAGGUGAAGCCAAGAGACAGAGAGAGAGUGAGGGAGACAGCCAAAGACAGGAGUGAAAUAGAGAGUGAACGAGGGAGAGACAAAGAUAGAAACAGAAAGAGAAAACUGGAGUACAAGAGUUCUAAAGUGAUUGUGUGAGAGAGACGAGCCAAGGCGAGUGUAUGUAACAGGAAGUUGAGAGAGAAAAGAUAACAGUAUGAAGUCCAACCAGGAGCGCAGCAACGAGUGUCUGCCCCCCAAGAAGAGAGAUUUCCCAGCAAGCACUGUGGACGAGAGGCCCCUUGUGAUGGCGCCCACCAGUGAGAGCCAGCGCGGAGAGAACCUGGCAUGGCUGGCCAGCGUAGCCAGCGGGCACAGCAGCGGGCACGAUAGAGACAGUGGCGGAGGUGGCGGAGAUGGCGUAGAUGGCGGUAGAGGUGGGCAGCGUACCAGCACUCCCAGUGAGUCUGACGGGCCACAGUACAAACCGCUAUGCUCCACCAUCACCACACACACAGACUUCCUGGUCCCUUCCUCUAUCUGCUCCAUCUCCUCCUCUUCAUCACAUCAGCCCAGAGUGGUGACCACAUCCCUCCCUGCCAUGUACACCUCUCCUCUGUCCCAACCAGGAGGGGCCAUCCACUACACCCAGCUGCCCCCCAACCUCCAGUUCAUCAGUUCCCCUUACACAGGCCCCUACGCUGGCUACAUCUCCUCCCAGCUCCUCCCUCCCCCGCCACCCACCUCCACAUCCCAACGCUCCCACCCUGACCCCUACCCCAACACCACCAUUACCUCCCAGUCCCAGAUCUCUAGUUCCUCUCUGAGCGUGGCCCCCCAGACUGCCCCCUCGCCCCACAGUGGGACCCACCACCUGCCCCUGCACCUGCAUCCCCACCCCCAACACACCCUGGCCCUCAGCGGGGGCUCCCAGGUGCUGGUCCAGUACGCGGGCCCCGGCCCCGAGGGGCACCUGACUAAGAGAGAAGAGGGCCGGCCCAGGGAGCUGCACAACGGAGAGCUGGAGAAGAGGGGCCGCUAUGAGAGAAAGGAAAGCAAAGGAACCCCCUCCUCUUCUUCCUCCUCCUCUUCCUCUCAGUACCACCAACUCCACCAGCAGCAGAGCUCACAGCAUCACUAUGAGGCCUACACCUCCCAUGAUGCAUCAGGGCUACGGACCUCUCUAAUGCUAGUGCCCAACAGCCACGGAGGACCAGACCACCACAGCCCCAACAAACUACCGCCCUCCUCUGCCUCGCAUGCAGAGAAAGGCAGCCUCCUCUUGGGUAAACCUGUGUCCUGCACCCCCUCCUCCUCCACCUCCUCCACGUUCACCUUCCCCCCUCCGCUCAGUGUGGAAAGUCUGAAGGCGGCUGUCAGCUCCCUGUCCCCUCACACCCACACGGUCAUCCAGACCACACACAGCGCCAGCGAUGCGUCGCCCCUCUCCCUGGGCCAACUCUCCACCAACUUCUACCAGGCUGGCCCCGGCGGGCAGCCCAUCAUCGGCUACCUGGCUGGGAGUGCAGGGGGGCAGCAGUACCACACCAGUCUGCCCCAGCACCUGCUUAUCCCAAGGGCCCCAGGGUCUCAACCUAUCAUCAUCCCCGUCAGUGGGGCCGGGGUCACCAGCCUGGAGGCUGCCCAUGCUGCCCACAUAGCCACCACAACCCAACCACAGCCCUUCCCCACCACACUACCCCACGCUUACGUCACCACCACUACCAACCCUAAACGUAACCCCAACCCUAAAGAUGAGCAUCUAUUCGAGGUCCCGGCGCCCUAUCCCCCUCUCUCCCACCCUGCCGGGGGCACUGUAGUCCAGGCCCAGCUACACCUCCCCGUGGUCCCAGCCCCCCCGGCCCCCUCCUCAGCCCCCUCGCUGCCUCCCUACUUCAUCAAGGGCUCCAUCAUCCAGCUGGCGGACGGGGAGUUGAAGCGCGUGGAGGACCUGAAGACGGAGGACUUCAUCCAGAGCGCUGAGAUCAGCAGCGAGCUGAAGAUAGACUCUUCGACCGUGGAACGCAUCGACGGCAGCCACACGCCCAACUUCGCCAUCGUACAGUUCUCCGUGGGCGAGCACCGCGCUCAGGUGAGUGUGGAGGUGCUGCUGGAGUAUCCCUUCUUCGUAUUCGGCCAGGGCUGGUCAUCGUGCUGCCCGGACCGGACCACUCAGCUGUUAGAACUACCCUGCACCAAGCUAACAGUGGGGGACGUCUGCAUCUCCCUCACCCUGAAGAACUUGAGGAACGGCUCCCUGAAGAAGACGCAGCAGACCCAGAACCAGGCUAUUGAGAUCACUACCAGCUGCAAUAUGGGCUCCAUCCACGGGCCCCUCAAAUCCUCCAGGUCAGCCAGGCACGGGGAGCAGGAGAACGGGGUGGGCCAGAGAGGCUCCAGGAGUGGAUGUGGGAGUGUGGUGGUUGGAGCAGGUGGAGGUGUUCAGAUCGCCUCAGAGAAUGGGGAACUGAGGUUCGGCGCCGGGGGAGAAGCCAACUCGAAAGGAGGCCAGCCUGGAGAUUCAGAAUCCAGCGGUGGUGCCGCCAAGCCGGUGAGCCGCAAGAGGAGAUGGUCGGCCCCCGAGGGCCGUAAGGUGGAGAGGAGCGAGAAGGAGCCCCCGUUGACUCUGCCCAAACCUUCCUUUAUCACUCAGGAGGUAAAGAUCAGCAUCGAAGGCAGGUCAAAUAUAGGCAAGUAGUGAAGGCAGGAGAUUAAAACAAGACUGUUAAUUCAAAUGGGGAUUGGAUGGAGAGAUUUAAAAAAGAAUGAAAAAAAGAAAGAAAGAAUGCCCACAUAAAAGUUUCAUUUUAGCUACUUUGUUGUAGAUUUUAUUUCUUGUUUUUAUUUUCUACCUGGAUGAAUGUACUGUAGGCAAAAUUUUACCCAGUACUUACAUGUUAUCACCUUAUAUUAAGUUAAGUUGGUAAUAACAUUGUAAUAGAUCCGUUUGGUAUUACGUAAACAAGCAACCGGUGCAAUUGUUUUGGGUUGGUUCCACAAAUCUCUGGGCAAGGGGAUUUGUGAAGUAUUGUAAAUGUUUUAUUUGUGGGUUUGUGGCACACAAAAGCACUGCGUGAUACCUCUCUGGUCAUUUGAUGGCUGCAGGUGGACAAAUACAUUAAAUUAAUAAAACAUGUAGUUAGCUUUCCAAUAGGGCCUGGGGACAUGACUAAACGGGUGUAAUGUAGCUCCGUGAGUGAUGUCACUUCCUUUGUGAUGUCACUUCCUGGUAAAGGCACUACUGACGAGAGUGUUCAGGAUGUCUGGACUGAAUCACUCUCCACGCCACCUGUUGCCUUGGUGGCAGACUGAGUUGAUAUGAUGUCAUCUAUCCCGAGCGACUCAAGAUGUCUUUAGAUAAGACACAGUUCAAAAAGGGUCUGUAACCAUUUUAAACUCUCAUGACUAGAAGAGGAUUUGUAAUAACAUAUUUUAUUUGUCUCUGACAUAAGGUUAGAACUACACAUCUAGUCCUAAACAAGGGGUCACCGGAUGCCUCGACACUCAUCCAUCUAGACCACUUAGCUAGGUGAUGUCAUCCAGCAGGCCAGUCCAGCCAGGUGAGGUCAUCGGGCGGCGCCAGUGUGCCUCCAGAAAGAGGGAACUCUUCCUUCCUUUGUUAUGUUUUGGUGACACUGAAGUCUUUAUGUUAUUAUUUUUGUUUCUGAAACAUUUUUAUUUGAACUUUUUUAUUUAGUUUUGCUUGUCAAUUUUUCCCUUUUCACCUUUGAACCUCUCCUAUCUUGCCCAGUGAGUUGAUAAUGAUAUAUUUGAUGAUUGUCUAAAGCUUUGAGAUCAGGGGUCACAUACUGUAUGGACGUAUAGUUUGAACCAGGGUGGUUAAGUUAAAUAUCUAUGUUAUUCCUUUAUACCCUAACAAUGCAUACUUUUGCAAUCACACUGGGUUGACAUGAACUAUGAAAAUAGGAAGAUGAUUAUACAUAAUCCUUAUUACUUGGUGCAACCUUUUUAUUUGUAUUCUUAUGGAGAGAGAGGCAGAAAGAAAGAGGUUUCAUCCCAAAUGGCACCCUAUUUCAAUAUAGUGUGCUACUUUUGACCAAGGCCCUAUCCCUAUUGGCCCUGGUCAAAAGUAGUGCACUAUGUAGGGAAUAGGGGGCAAUUUGGGACUCUGUCAGAAAGUCAGUGUUGAGUCUUUAGAGACGAGAGGGAAAGGAUGUUGUGUUGCAGCACUUUCAUUUGCACACCUGUCACACUCACCAACUGAUGAUAACACAACUAUUAUUAUUGUUAUUAUUAUUAUUAUUAUUAUUAUUGGUCUCUUCAUUAACACAGUACUGUAUGUUUUUGUUAUUUUGACUUGAGGAAGAAGUAGAACUCUGUGGCAGCAGCACUUUUGAACGAUGAAGGGGUCAUGAUGAUGUCUUGGGGUCACGGGGUCACAUGACCUUUGAAAGGGAUGAAUGUGACAGGUGAUGGAGUGAGUGCCAGUUAGGAGAGGAAAGAAAGAGAGAAGAGGAAUAUAGAAGAAGAUAUAAUAUCAGAAGAGUGCUUUUUGUUGAGGCACUUUACUCAAAUCAAAACAUGCUUUUCAAAAUAUGCGUGUGGUCAAAAAAUUUACUUUUCGACACAUAACUGCCUUGUCAAGGAUAUGAAAAAGAAGAUUGGGUAGAGCAUGGGAAUAGGUGUGGGAAUGUCCAGCUAUGUUGUGGACGACACUGAGACAGUUAUCGACGCUCUGGCCACAGAAUUUCUGAAGGGUGUCAUAUACAUCAUAUAUGUAUGCAUAAUGCAUGAAUGCAGGAAUGUGUAAGUGCACACAAACUCACACACACACGGAAUACAGUACACACACAGACAGGCACUCUCCUAAAGGAGAGGAUUGUAUGUAUUUCAUACUUGUUGAUAUACAUUUAAUAUGUAUACAAAUACUUGUGUGACAUAGAUAUUUCCCCUUGAUGAAGCCAAGAUAUUUGAGUUGCAGACGAAGAUGAUAGUCUCAGUGCUCUGUGCAGUGUGUGUUUGUUGGUGUGCGUGUGUGUGUGUGUAUGUGUUUGUAUAUGUGUAUAGAAAUAUCAUAUAACUUAAUAUGAUAUAUCCAAUGUUAAAUUUCCAGUGUUUCUGUUUUUUGAGUUUUACUUAAGAGAAUCUUGCAAUUUGCACAUCUGGAGAGGUAGUCAGUUGGGUGACAUUACUUUUUGACUGUGUUCAAAAUAGCACCCUAUUCUCUAUACAGUGCACUGGCCAAAAGUAGUGCACUAUAUAGGGAAUAGGAUGCCAUUACAGACACAACUAUGUUUUCAGCCAUUUUGCACACACACACACACACACACACACACACACACAGAGCUGAAACCCCAUUUUACUGAAUUGUAGCAGUUAUUUAACAAGUGUGCUCCAUGCUGAUUGUCUCCAAUGCUCUCGGCUCUGCUCCUCAUUGGACCACCACACUGUCACUCACACCUGUGGCAUGUCCAAGUCCCGCCCACUUGUUGGGGGUUUGGUUGAGAGUCAUUGUGGAGCCGGGGGCGGGGCCACCAGCAGGUACACCUGUUGAGCUCUCUGAUUUUCAGGUGUGUUUAGGUGGUAGAAGAUGUGGCAGAGAACGAGAAGUAUGUAGAAGUUGCUUCUAACCACUGAUCUAGGUUCAGAUGUUUAGUUCAUCCGCCUAAUGGUUAGUGUUAGGAGUGGGUGGAGGCCAGAGGAGGCUGGUGGGAGGAGCUAUAGGAGGACAGGCUCAUUGUAAUGGCUGGAAUGGAAGUUUGGAACGGAGUCAAACAUGUGGUUUCCAUAUGUUUGAUGCUUUUGAUACUGUUCCAUAUAUUUAAUUCCAGCCAUUCCAAUGAGCCCGUCCUCUUAUACCUCCUCCCACCAGUCUCCUCUGGUGUAGGCUAAUCUGAUCCUAGAUCUGAGGUUAAGAACAACUCCUACAUGGAGCGUGGCGAAAUAGGAGGAUGGAUGCGGGUGAUCGGCGUGGUGAUGGACGGAUGGAUGUGUGACUUGGAUGGAUGGAUGGAUGGAUAAAGACAGAUGGAUGGUGGUGGUGGUGAGUGAGUAUACACCCCGUAUAGGUUUGAAAAUGCUUUAUUUUAUAUAAUAAAACAGGGUUUCUCAGAUCAACGCCACGGCAGUGCAUUUUCAUUUUUUCUUUUAUAACAUUGUUUUAUUAUGUCUUCUACAGGUAGUUUAUGAAAAUGUCCAUGUCUGUGUGUAUAUGUGUGUGUGUGUGUGUGUGUGUGUGUGUGAGAAUCUUUGUGUCUUUUUGUAGGGCAGGAUGGGUAUAGUAAUGACUGUUCCUUCUAGAGCUUCACCAAACUGGGUAAAAUAGUAUUAGUAUUAGUAUUAGUAUUAGUAUUUUAACCAUUAGGUAUAGAUGCCGUAUCUUCAUUUGAUCAUCCUGUUGUUGCAGGAGUUUCCCUGCACAGCAAGAAAUUCAAACUUGUAGUGUAUUCAAGGUUUAAAAAUGCUUCUUACGUUUGUAAUUUCCACUUUAAAAUGUCAGACUUGAUUUGCCCUAAUGAAAAAUGUAUCAACCCCUAUAAUUUUUUUAAAUAUUAAUUAUAAUCCACAUAAAUAUUCAUAUUUGCUGCAGGAUGUUGCUGCAAGAUUAUUUUCCAGCUGUGUGAAACUGGCUCAAAUUAAGAUACGGAAUCUGUCUAUGGUUUUGCAUUCAUACACAUUGAACCAAAAUGAGACCCUGGUUGAGUUAAGUAUUGUUCUGACUGACUUACCCCUCCUAAACUCUCAUUAUGGGAAAAUAGAGCAAAACAAUGUCACCAAUCAAACCCUUUCAGGUAACGUUUUCUAGUGCAAAUGCAUAGCAUCAUGGCAGUUGUGUGUGGGCUGCUUUCCAAUAGCAAUAGACAGACAACAAGCAUACAGUAGAACCCAUUAGAGUUUUCCUCCUCUCAUACCUCCCUUUGAUGGCCAGCCACAGAUGGGGGGUGAAGCUGUGUCUCUAGAGAGCAAACUAGUUAAAAGCCUUUCCUCUCAUCGCUCUCUCUGGCUGGCUAUAACAUGUAAAUCAUUCCUUCUAGAAGCUCUGCAAUAAAAACCUUCUCCCUCAAUGUUAGAACCAAAAUAAAGAGCUGCUUCCACACACACACCCUUGAAAGAACUCAGCCAGCCGUUAACAUACCAGCCUAGUCAUUUUAGCAUCUUUCAAUUCCUAUUAAGUUGUUGCAGUUGCACGGCCUGCCAUUCAAAAAAUUCAGGGAGAUUUUCACAUAUGCAGUGACAGACUGUUCAGUAUGGACUACAGUACACAUUAUGCUACACCCACUAGUGACCUCUAAUCUCUGACUCCUAGUUCAGGUAGCCAUGGCCAGCCAGCCUCUGUUAUACCCUUUCUAGAACCUCAGCAGCCAGUUAGUUAUUUUACCCUCAGCAACCGCUAGCUACCUUCUAUCAAUGGCCUGGCCUUACAUGUGCAACUGCCUUUUUCUUCCCCCUAGCACAGUUUCUUUCCGCUCUCUAGUUCCCACACACACACUCACUUUUUAUUUUCUGUUCGAGACAUAUUAAGUAACAGUGUUCAUACACCAGUGGAGAUGUUUGCGUGUUGAGAUUAGUGUUAAGUGAACCCAGAGAUUCACCGCAGUUUGUUUUUCUUGUUUUAGGAGUAAACAAAAUAAACACACACACACACACACACACACACAUAUACAGGAAGCCACAUUCACCCGAUCUGCAAUGUCUGCUUAGGUCAGCUUCACAAUCAAAGCAGUGUGUCAGGUUAGUUGGAGAGGUGAGAGGCGUAGUGGGCAGGACAGGUAGGUGGUAGAGGACAGGACUCAAAGUAAGGGCAUGCAGUCAGGAGAUUUAGCCUAAUGUAUAAUAUAGUAUAGUGGACUGUUAUAAGGUUGUAGUAAGGUUGUAUUCAAGUUGUACUAAGAUUGUGUGAGGUUUAAAUAAAGUUGUAAUUAGAUGAAGGAGGGGACCGCAGAGCUUGUGGCAAUUACAUUGUUAGUCUGCUGUCUUUUUAAUUUCAUUUAGUGUCUUUUAUUUCUAGUUCAGGAACUCCCAGGUAGUCCCAGUUCUUAUCUAUCAGGAUAAUGAUUCCCGUUGCCCUUGGAAUCAUACUGUAUGUGCAAUAGUAUAAUUAGUAUAAUUUUCCUCUCCCAUUGUUGUGCCAAGUGUAUGUAGCAUUGUCCCUGUCAGAUGUUUGUUAGCCAUGUACUGUAUGUGUCUUUGUCCAUACCCCUUUACUGUGCCCCUACAAUGUCUUCAAUUUCAUUUGCCUCACGCUAGACAGACUUCUAGAACUCAGGAAGGGUUAGUGCAGAGUGGGUGGAUAAGAAUGGAGAUUGAGUGAGCAUAUUGCCUGUAUGUUGAGUGUCAAGCUGGCAGCAUAUGCAGGCCUACCGGUAUGUAGAAGUAUGUCUUUGACCUCAGUAAAUAGAAUGCUUUGUCAGUCAACGCUCCAGCUAGACGUUCAUUUACAGUCUGACUGUUAAGAAGCUGGAUUCUGUAAAUGAUUCUACAUUCUGCAGUCCAGGAAAACUGUCAGUCAGAGAGAGUGAUGUAAGAUAGAGAAGAAGAAAAAGAAUGGAUGAUAUCAGAAAGAAAGACAGAGACAGGCACCUGGCUAGGGAGAGGUGUACUGUACUUUCCAUUCUUGGGAUGUUUGAGGUGUUGUGACGGAGAGGUGAUAGUAACAUGAUGUCAGUGGUAGAGGUAUGUAUGUAGUGUUGACAUAAAGAGUUUCCCUGCCCUGGGGCUGUUGGCUUUCAGGUGGAUUUAUAAUGUUUAUCAGCCUCUGGUGAAGUAAGGGGACAUUCCUGUUCCAUUAGAAAGACUUGGGUGCUCUGUGUCAGUACCCUGCUGCUCAUCUGCAUCAUGUCAAUGUCUGUGUGAGAGUGUGGAGAGACAUGUUUGACUAAGGCUAGUUGCAUACAGGUAUGUGGAAAUAUGUGUGUGUACACUUUUCUGUUUAAACUUGAGAUUAUGUUGUCCCCACCAGCCUUUCGUAAUGAUGUUGUUUAUUUUCUGUGUGCGUGUGUAUAUGCGUGUGUGUGUGUGGUGUUCUCUCUUAUGGACUUUGAGAUCACUAGCCCUAACCCUCAUAAGGUCCAGAGAGAAAAGACAGAUGACAGAGUUAUUAUAACCUCAUAUAUUAGUGGGGACCACUUUUGUAAAACCAACCAAUAAAGAUGCACAUUUAAAGUAGCCGACUAACGGCGUAAACUUGAUACUGUUUCAGCACUUUCUAAACCCAGAGGAAAGGUCUGGUCUAAACCCUCAUGUCAGACCAAGGCCUUUCCCAGAGGUAUAACAUUCAAUCAUUAAUUCAUUCAAUACAGACAGAGAAUGAAAGAGAUAGAGAGAGAGAAAAACUAACCGAAAAAAAUAGACAGGAGAAAGAGAUGGAGAGACUGUUUGGAUUCAUUUUUUUGCACAUGGCCUUGUUGUAAACAGUAGUGUUUCCUCUCUUUGCUCCAUUUCGCCUAGCGUCCGGCACGUUCUUGGGUCCAACGAGUUAAGACGCUAGGCGGUUUCCUGGUUCCACAUUACUAACCAGGAAGUACCUUUCUCAUGGACGCACCCUUUUUUGUGUGUUCAGUUUGGUCCUAUUGUAUAAAAGACUUUUGCUUUCUUUAUUUACUUACCUUUUCGGAAUAGGACCUUUUCCUUGUUUUAGUCUCCUUUGUAGCACUUGACUCUGUCAGGAGACGUGAUUGGACGUCUGUUUGGGGAAUGUUUCAUGUGACUUUGUGACAAGCCUCCUCAUUGGAGGAGCACACACAGCUGACCUUGUCUUUUUUUAUUGGCUUAUUUACUUCUUGCACAAAUGACAAAUAUAAUGAAUGUUGGUGUGAGCUUCAGCGUUUUGAAAAGAAAAGGCAUGUGUUGUUGUUUUUAUUGUUUAUUGCCAUGUUGUUUUAUUUUAGUAAAUUUUUUGGCAAAAAAAAGAUCAUGAUUUUGGCACCUUUUUGUGUUUAAACUGAACAGAAUUCAAUCAGGAUUCCUUUGUUUAAACUUGACUGUUGUUUGACGUCUUGUCAAUAAAUGUCCGUACCGCUGGAUAACCAACUCAGGCAGAGAAAACUUCAACACACCCAUUAACCACAUGGUUAAGUCGUCCGUUCCCCCCCCUCAAUUUAAUGUUGGUAAGCUUUUCGAUAUGGGUUAUUACUAUAAUUAGUUAUUAUAUUUAUGUAAUAAAUAUAUAAAUAUAAUUUAUUGUA